CCAGCGAGGAGUGAAGCUGAUCCUGGCCUCACACGCUCCUAGAGGACCACCUCCUGGGAGAGUUCUUUCACCCCCUCUUCUUUCUCCAAGCUCCCCUCCUGCUCUCCCUCCCUGCCCAAUACAAUGCAUUCUUGAGUGGCAGCGUCUGGACUCCAGGCAGCCCCAGAGAACCGAAGCAAGCCAAAGAGAGAGGACUGGAGCCAAGACACUGGUGGGGGAGAUUGGAUGCCUGGCUUUCUUUGAGGACAUCUUUGGAGCGAGGGUGGCUUUGGGGUGGGGGCUUGUGCUGCAGGGAAUACAGCCAGGCCCCAAGAUGGACACUUCUGGGCACUUCCAUGACUCUGGGGUUGGGGACCUGGAUGAAGACCCCAAGUGCCCCUGUCCAUCCUCUGGGGAUGAGCAGCAGCAGCAGCAGCAGCAGCAGCAGCAACAGCAGCAGCAGCAGCCACCACCGCCAGCGCCACCAGCAGCCCCCCAGCAGCCCCUGGGACCCUCGCUGCAGCCUCAGCCUCCGCAGCUUCAGCAGCAGCAGCAGCAGCAGCAGCAGCAGCAGCAGCAGCCACCGCAUCCCCUGUCUCAGCUCGCCCAACUCCAGAGCCAGCCCGUCCACCCUGGCCUGCUGCACUCCUCUCCCACCGCUUUCAGGCCCCCCCCUUCGUCCAACUCCACCGCCAUCCUCCACCCUUCCUCCAGGCAAGGCAGCCAGCUCAAUCUCAAUGACCACUUGCUUGGCCACUCUCCAAGUUCCACAGCUACAAGUGGGCCUGGCGGAGGCAGCCGGCACCGGCAGGCCAGCCCCCUGGUGCACCGGCGGGACAGCAACCCCUUCACGGAGAUCGCCAUGAGCUCCUGCAAGUAUAGCGGUGGGGUCAUGAAGCCCCUCAGCCGCCUCAGCGCCUCCCGGAGGAACCUCAUCGAGGCCGAGACUGAGGGCCAACCCCUCCAGCUUUUCAGUCCUAGCAACCCCCCGGAGAUCGUCAUCUCCUCCCGGGAGGACAACCAUGCCCACCAGACCCUGCUCCAUCACCCUAAUGCCACCCACAACCACCAGCAUGCCGGCACCACCGCCAGCAGCACCACCUUCCCCAAAGCCAACAAGCGGAAAAACCAAAACAUUGGCUAUAAGCUGGGACACAGGAGGGCCCUGUUUGAAAAGAGAAAGCGACUGAGUGACUAUGCUCUGAUUUUUGGGAUGUUUGGAAUUGUUGUUAUGGUGAUAGAGACCGAGCUCUCUUGGGGUUUGUACUCAAAGGACUCCAUGUUUUCGUUGGCCCUGAAAUGCCUUAUCAGUCUGUCCACCAUCAUCCUUUUGGGCUUGAUCAUCGCCUACCACACACGUGAAGUCCAGCUCUUCGUGAUCGACAAUGGCGCGGAUGACUGGCGGAUAGCCAUGACCUACGAGCGCAUCCUCUACAUCAGCUUGGAGAUGCUGGUGUGCGCCAUCCACCCCAUUCCUGGCGAGUACAAGUUCUUCUGGACGGCGCGCCUGGCCUUCUCCUACACACCCUCCCGGGCGGAGGCCGAUGUGGACAUCAUCCUGUCUAUCCCCAUGUUCCUGCGCCUGUACCUGAUCGCCCGAGUCAUGCUGCUGCACAGCAAGCUCUUCACCGAUGCCUCGUCCCGCAGCAUCGGGGCCCUCAACAAGAUCAACUUCAACACCCGCUUCGUCAUGAAGACGCUCAUGACCAUCUGCCCUGGCACUGUGCUGCUCGUGUUCAGCAUCUCUCUGUGGAUCAUUGCUGCCUGGACCGUCCGUGUCUGCGAAAGGUACCAUGACCAGCAGGACGUAACUAGUAACUUUCUGGGUGCCAUGUGGCUCAUCUCCAUCACAUUCCUUUCCAUUGGUUAUGGGGACAUGGUGCCCCACACAUACUGUGGGAAAGGUGUCUGUCUCCUUACUGGCAUCAUGGGUGCAGGCUGCACUGCCCUUGUGGUGGCCGUGGUGGCCCGAAAGCUGGAACUCACCAAAGCAGAGAAGCAUGUUCAUAACUUCAUGAUGGACACUCAGCUCACCAAGCGGAUCAAGAAUGCUGCAGCCAAUGUCCUUCGGGAAACAUGGUUAAUCUAUAAACACACAAAGCUGCUAAAGAAGAUUGACCAUGCCAAAGUCAGGAAACACCAGAGGAAGUUCCUCCAAGCUAUCCACCAGUUGAGGAGCGUCAAGAUGGAGCAGAGGAAGCUAAGUGACCAAGCCAACACACUGGUGGACCUUUCCAAGAUGCAGAAUGUCAUGUAUGACUUAAUCACGGAACUCAAUGACCGGAGCGAAGACCUGGAGAAGCAGAUUGGCAGCCUGGAGUCAAAGCUGGAGCAUCUCACCGCUAGCUUCAACUCCCUGCCUCUGCUCAUCGCCGACACCCUGCGCCAGCAGCAGCAGCAGCUCCUGUCUGCCAUCAUCGAGGCCCGGGGUGUCAGCGUGGCAGUGGGCACCACCCACACCCCAAUCUCCGAUAGCCCCAUUGGGGUCAGCUCCACCUCCUUCCCGACCCCAUACACAAGUUCAAGCAGUUGCUAAAUAAAUCUCCCCACUCCAGAAGCAUUACCCAUAGGUCUUAAGAUGCAAACCAACUCUCUCCUGGUCGCUUUGCCAUCAAGGAACAUUCAGACCAGGGAACGGAAAGAAGAGAGACCGAGCUAAUUAACUAACUCAUGUUCAUUCAGCGUGCUUGGUCCGACAUGCCUUGAAACCAGAAAUCUAAUCUCUGUUUAGGUGCCUCUACUUGGGAGCGGGAAGAGGAGAUGACAGGAAGCGACGCCUCUGGCAGGGCCCUUGCUGCAGAGUUGGUGGAGAACAGAAAUCCACGCUCAAUCUCAGGUCUUCACGCGGGGGGUGGGGGUCAGAUGCACUGAAGUAGCCAACAGUGAAGCCAGUCCAGAAGAGGGGUCCCCUGGGAGAGGGGGGGUCGUGUCAGGCUUGGGGGAUGGGCUCUUCGCCAUGGGGGUCUUUGAACACACCUCUCUCCUUUCCUUUUGUCUACGGAAGCCUCUGGGUGACAAAAGUAAAAGAGAGCUGCCCACAACUUGCCAAAACAGAUAUACCCAAAUCAGACUGA